GCAGGCUGAACGUCACGUCAUAACAUCGCUACAUCUCCCUCUGUUUUACCUCCUUGGUAUUUCAUCGAUAUACACGCCAGACAGCAAAUUAUGUAGUAAUUGUGUAGAAAAGUGUAGUAAAUUCACUUGUCCAUGUAUAUAUCUGCUCCGCCACCACUCCUUUCCUACUGUUGGGAGAUGUUCUGGACUGUCUUCCUCUGUACCAGUGUGAUAAGGUCUUCUCCUUUGUUGAAUAGAAUGUCUCCACCUGGAAGUCUGUAAGUAGCUUAGUCUGUUUCUCUGCGUUCUUAGAGUAACGGAACGGUCAAUGUUUACUUGAUGACAGGUUUCUUAUAGAUCUUUCCUUUUAGUUGUUGAGGAAAUGCCACCAACAUAACUUUCUCCUCUCUCACUUCAGAACUCUUUUUACACUGCUGGGAAGAACUACUUGUUAAGAAUGUGUAAUGAUCUUUUGAGGAGGUUGUCCAAGUCUCAGAACACAGUCUUCUGUGGACGGAUCCAGCUGGUCCUGGCUCGUCUCUUUCCCCUGUCUGAGAAAUCAGGUCUGAACCUGCAGAGCCAGUUUAAUCUCGACAACAUCACAGUGUUCAACAAAAAUGAGCAAGAGAGCACUCUUGGCCAGAAGCCCACAGAGGAGGAGGAUGGGAUGGAAGUAGAGAAGGGGGAGAUGGGGAACCUAGUGCACCUGCUCCAUGACGAGACGCUGGCAGUGUUUAGAAGCUUCAAGCUGGACGACAUGCAGGCUUCUAAAAAGAAGCUGGACGAGCUGAGGACGGCAGGAGGAGACCACGUUUACUUUGCCAAGUUCCUCACCAGUGAGAAGUUGAUGGACCUGCAGCUCAGUGACAGUAACUUCAGACGACACAUCCUCCUGCAGUACCUUAUCCUGUUCCAGUACCUCCAAGGGACAGGUCAAGUUCAAUAGGGCUAUCUUCUGUAUAGCACCCCUACCUUGUCACAACGACUGAUUGGCUCAAACACAUUAAUUACAUUUUUAACAAGGCACACCUGUUUAAUUUAAAUGGAUUCCAGGUGACUACCUCAUUAAGCUGGUUGAGAGAAUACCAACAGUGUGCAAAGCUGUCAUCAAGGCAAAGGGUGGCUAUUUGAAGAAUCUCAAAUAUAUUUUGAUUUGUUUAACACUUCUUUGGUUACUACAUGAUUUCAUAUGUGUUAUUUCAUAGUUUUAAUGUCUUCGUUGUUAUUCUACAUUGUAGAAAAUAAUAUAAAAAAAGAACAACCCUCAAAUGGUACUGUAUAGCCUUCUGUAUUACAAGUCAAGGUUGGGUAAGGGUUAUUGAUGGGUUAUUGAUGACAUUGAAAAGUCCCCUCAUAUUUUGACAGCAUGUCCUAAUCACAGAGGAGAACUGGAAAUCGUAGAAAAAUGAGGGAUGCCCAAGCUUUGUGAAGGAAAGAUAAUUGCAAGUUCCCUCAAUCGAGGAGUGAAUUUCAAACACGGAUUCAACCACAAAGGCCAGGGAGGUUUUCAAAUGCCUCAAAUAACAGCACCCAUUGGUAAAAAAAAAAAAAUGCUCACAUUGAAUCUCCCUUUUGAGCUUGGUGAAGUUAUUAAUUAAACUUUGGCUGGUGUAUCAAUACACCCAGUCACUACAAAGAUACAGGUGUCCUUCCUAACAUAGUUGCCAGACAGGAAGGACACCACUGGGAUUUUUAAAUGUUUUAUUUAAACUUUGGGUAGUUUUUCAGGAUAAAAUAAGAAAUGGAAUGGAGCUAAACACAGGAAAAAUCCUCAAAAAAAUCUGGUUCAGUCUGCUUUCCACCAGACACUGGGAGAUUAAUUCACCUUUCAGCAGGACAAUAACAUAAAACACAAGGUCAAAUCUACACAAGUUGCUUACCAAGGAGACAGUGAAUGUUCCUGAGUAGCUGAGAAUUUUGAAAAAGAUAAUGGGCAAAUGUUGCACAAUCCAGGUGUGGAAAGCUCCUAGAGACUUACCCAAAAAGACUGUAAUUGCUGCCAAAGGUGCUUCUAUGAACUAUUGACUAAGGGGUGUGAAUACUUAUUUAAAUAAGACAUUAUGGGGUAAUGUGUGUGAGAAGAAAAAUUAUAUAUAUUUUGAAUAUAAGCUGUAACACAGCAUGUGGAAUAAGUAAAGGGGUAUGAAUGCUUUUUGAAGGUACUGUAAAAAUCAAGACCAGUAGAUGACAAACCCAAGAGACCCAUGAGGAAGAGACAAGCUCCAGAAAACUACCUAGGUAAAGGCCCUGACAGGAAGGUCUUCAUGGGGAAUGAUGAACUCACGAGACUGUGUAAUCUGAAUCAUAACAAUAUGGCAGCUUGCCAGUCAGUUAGCAGGUGAGUGGUUUUACAGCAGUGGUGCAGCUGGUCAAAGGUCAAAGUUACAUAGCCCACUUAUCUACCUAUACGUUUUUGGUGUAUAACAUUUAAAGGAGAAUUGAGCUUUUUACAACCAAAUGUAAAAAAAUAUAUAUGUAAAUGACAUAUUAUAGAAGGGUCCAGACACUUUCUUUGUGACUUGACUUGUUUUUGAGAAACUUACCGCAAUCAGCGAUUCACUUGCUCAUCCUCGUACAGUAAGGGGCUCAGAAAAGACAUGAACAAAUGCUCCAAAAACCACAGCAACCUACAGCGGGUACAGCCUCAGUGUUGACAGUAAACGCAUGCUGGAGGUUGGACCGAAUUUUCCCAACAUUGAAGUUUGUGCUCAGCAGACCAGAAAUUUGCUCGGUGCCAAAAAAAAGUGGCUAAACAUUGGUAUGGACCCUUCUCCUUCUAUAACUUGCCAUUUACAUAAAAAGAGAUUUGGUAAAAAAAAUAUAUAACUUAUUCUUUAACCCUAAAUGUUAAUUUCUUGUCCACAGGGAAUUCAUGCCUACUCUGGAGGAGUUAUUUGAAGAGGCCAUUGAACAGGCUGGCCUAGCCAACAUGGUGGAUGGACGAUGAGUACAAGUACGUGUAUACACACGUUAGGAACACCUGCUCUUUCCAUGACUGACCAGGUGAAAGCUAUGAUCCCAUACUGAUGUCACCUGCUAAAUCCAUUUCAAUCAGUGUAGAUGAAGGGGAGGAGACAUGUUAAAGAAUAAUUAUUAUUAAGCCUUAUUUGUGUAUGUGAGCCAUUCAGAGGGUAAAUGUGCAAGACAAAAGAUUUUAAGUGCCUUUGAACAGCAUCUCAAUGUAGUAGAUGCCAGGCACACCAGUUGGAGUGUGUCAAUAACUGCAACGCAGCUGGGUUUUUCAUGCUCAACAGUUUCCUGUGUGUAUGAAGAAUGGUCCACCACCCAAAGGACAUCCAGCCAACUUGACACAACUCUGGGAAGCAUUGGAGUCAACAUAGGCCAGCAUCCCUGUGGAACGCUUUUGAUACUUGUAGAGUUCAUGCCUCAAUGAAUUGAGGCUAUUUGAGGGGGUGCAACUCAAUGUUAGGAAGGUGUUCCUAAUGUUUUGUACACUGUAACUGUUGAUUGUCUGUCCUAAGACCUGUCCAAUGGUGUCAAGAAAGAUCCUGCCGUGUGAAGUGUUCUGGUUCAUUAUUAUCCACUCACCUCCACGCCCCGUCCUGUGGUGCGUAACUCAAACUGGCUGGCGAGCCAUGCGUCUUGUCUAGGAGGAGUCCCCACUUCUUCCAGCCCACCAACCAGCAGCCUGGCUGACUACCUGGAGAGCAUGGUCAUCAAACUGGCCAAGGAGCUGCCUGGAACUAUGGGUGCUUGGAUACUGAACAUUUUAAUAAAUUACAAGGCUCCCUUUGGGAGCAUCUCAAUUUCAUACUCCUCACAACCCAUAAGGUCAGAGGACACAAGGAGUAUGUAAUUGAGAUGUUCCCCAUGACCUACCCUCUCUUGAUGGAUUGGAACCCCUUUGCCCUGUCAUCACAGAAGGACCUCCCGUCUGAGGAGAUUAAGACAGAAGACAAUGGCGACACCGCUCUCAAAGAGAGCAAUGACAGUUCCCAAUGGAAGACCCUGGCUGGACAGCUGGAGAUAAAAGCAGCGGAGAUCCAGGAGAUUGAGACAGCAAGGACGCGGCCAAGCAGGACCUUGAGGGGAGCCUGGUUCCAGUGCUCAAUGCUGCUGGCUUCCCCAAGAUCGCAGACAUCCUCAACGAGACAUAGAUCAAGGCCUUCCUUUCGUUGGUAUUUAUGCUUCGACAUGUACUGUAAUUUCAUCCUCCAUAGAAUAGUUAAACACUCAACUUUGACCAGAGCUUUAUUCAUUUAGCGCUAACCACUUACGGGACAUGAAUAGAUAUAGGAUGGGCAUUUAGAUGGAUAAAGGCGAGUCAUUUAAUCAGAACAUGGUUUGGUAUAAGUUUAUUUUCACCAUUUAUGAAAAGCCAUCAGGAUAAUGACUGCAUGUAUGAGAGAGAAGCGUUAUAGUCACACUGUAUUAGGUAUUGAACCGCUCGUAUGAUGACAAAUCACAAUGACGAAAGCAAUGUGCAAGACAGUUCUGUUUCCAAAAGAGAUGCAAGGGGUGUAAGAAUUCAUUAUGGUUUGAAUAGUGGGCACUGUAGGUGAUAGGGUGGUCUCCAAUACAUUUGAAUUAAAGGUACAGGGUAAAUUGAAAGACACCUGAACCAGAUAGGAUCACUUGGCCAAAGACUGUACAGCUGAUUAGUUAUGACUACAGAGAAGUACUGACAUGAGCACCUUGUCCAAGGAUUUAAAAAAUAUACAAUGUGUAUAAAACAAUGAAACUGCAGAACUAGAAACUCAACCGCUCAAUGAUCCAGUCCAGAGAUUGCCUGGCUCAAUAAACCAUUUAAAACCUUC